AUGAACGAAAUAGUAAUAAAAAACUUAAGUUAUAAUUAUUACAAUCGAAUAAAAAAUACGAGCACACCAGCACUCGAAAAUGUAACUUUGUCAUUUGGCCGAGGUAUGAGAAUUGUAGUUUGCGGGAAAAAUGGUGCAGGAAAAAGUACUCUGUUGAGUAUCAUAGCAGGAAAAAAGCUUGUAAAAGAGGAAGAUAUUUUGGUAUUCAACAAACCCGCAUUUCAUGACACUACACUGUCAAGUAGAAUCGGAUUCGUAGGGGAGUGGUGGAGUGAUGACUACGCAAUGAACAUCACAGUGAAGAAUUUCUUUUCUCAGUAUAGAGAUUCGAAAAGGUACCAGAAAUUGCUGAAAUUAUUCGAUAUCAACGAAGACAAACUUAUAUCCUCUGUCUCAAAGGGUGAAAAGAAAAAGAUUCAAAUUUUGGGAAAUUUAAUUACGAGAAAGGAAGUUUACAUUUUUGACGAAGCAACAGAAUCGUUAGAUUUGAUAUCUCGGAAACUUCUGUUGGAGUUUUUAAAGAGGGAAUGUAUAAAAUACAACUCCAUCAUAAUUUAUUCAACUCACAUUUUUGAUUAUAUGGAAAAAUGGUGUAGCCAUAUUUUAUACCUGUCCAAAGGAACAGUUACUUUUUUUUCAGACAUACACACUAUUACGAGCGCCAACAACUACACUUCUUUAGCCGAUUACAUUUUCGACCAUAUGAUGAAUGAGACGAAGGACAAUGCACAACUUAACAACAUGGAUGGUUUAUUAGUAAAUGAUUCGAAUUAA